AUGAGUACCUUGCUGUCACGCCCCCCACCAGUGCGCACCCACUAUGCGGGCAGCUCCCCGCCACCGUUGUCGCCGCGGAUCCAUUCCGAGAAGGAGAAGAGGCAUCACUCGAGGAGGAAAUCAGGGAGGGAAUUCGUGGUUGUCACAGAGAAGAAACCCUCGUCCAGACCCGCGCCGCUGCCUCACAGAAGUACCCCUCAGUCCGUGACGAAAGGCGGGCGCGGCUGGAGCAGCAGCGGGAGAAGUUCGAGCCGUCACAGGAGCGAAAGGGAACGGGAUCGGGAUCGGGAUCGGGAACGUGAUGAGGAUCACAGCGGUCGGGACAGUGGCGAGUCCUUCCCGCAAUACUGCAUGACGUGUGAAAAGCAAUUCCUCCCUGCCAACAACACAUACCUUUAUUGCUCAGAGGGCUGCCGCCUUCACGAUCAAGCACCCCCACAGCCCCUACGAAUGAACAGUUACCCCGCCUCCUACACGCCGUCAUCUCCACCACUUACACCCUACACAAGACAAUACACGUCGGGGUCUGCUGCAGCGACCCCCUCCCACGAAGAAGGACCAGACAUCAUCCCUCGCUUCUCACCCACACAAUCACGACCACGUUCCUACUUCAGCUCGGACCCGUACCCCCAAUCCUACCAAGCGCCGGCCUACUCGGCCUCGCCCCCACAAGCAUAUGCGAAUUCGGGAUCCAGCACGGCCCUGGCAUCGCUCCGUGAGCUUGCGACUGCUCUCCCGCGAACGGGCUCCAGCCGACGCGAGCCGGAAUCCCCUCCGAAGAGCAGCGCCAGCUCGAUAAAUCGGACCGGCAGUGGGGUGUGGAACUACAUCCCUUUCGCGGGCUCGAAGGCCGCGACCCCCACUCCGAGCGCGACGCCCGGGAACUCGUACACGAAUGGGUCGCACACGUAUACCACGUCGCAGAGCUAUGGGGGCGGGUACUAUGCAACGAAUGGGUAUGCUGGCAGGAGCAGAGAAGAUCUCUAUUCGUAUGGAAAGAGCCAUGGCACGGCCGCUGGAGGAUAUGGUAGCACAGGAGGUAUGGGCAUGGAUCGUCCUCUUCCGCCGCGAUCUGGGCCGAGUGGUUACGGACAUCGGCCGAAGAGUAUCGAUCUUGUGACGCCGUUUUCGAACCAUCAUUGAUCUGUAAGACCCACGAAGGGCAUUCUCCGUCUGUGGGUGCAUUGUUGUCCUCUGGAUAUACGACUGUGGUGUCGAUAGUGUACUUUUGUUUUGGGUGGCAUAUUGCAUCGGGUGCGCAGGGCAUGGACUAGGAUGGGAAUUUGCAUAGAAGGACCGGCGUUCAGUCUGGCAUCGAACGGAGGGCCUGGAGCCCAGUGGACAACAGAACAGAACAGCAACAGUCCCAGGAGUCUUGGACAUAUUUUCCACUCAUAUCUUCCCCACAUAUACAUUUAAAAGUCAUUUACGUAGUAAUAUAUACCCUUCAACUGCC